CAGCGACACACGGGAUCUUCCAAGUGGUCAAGGUCCCAGCCGCUACCAGCGCGACUUGUGAGGCUCGGCAACGGAGAAGACGAGACUGCCCCAACCCGCCUGGUUCUUACCUCCGAGGAGGAAACAAGCAACAAAAAAAUAGCAUAUGCGACCUUGAGUCACUGCUGGGGCGACUACCAGCCGCUCCAGACCACAACUCACACCCUUUUGUCGUUUCAAGCUCGACUCCCAAAGGAACAGACCCCGCGCACGUUUAGAGAUGCGAUGGACAUUUGCCGUGCUGUCGGCAUUCAAUAUCUCUGGAUCGACAGUCUUUGCAUAGUACAGGAUGAUAACGACGAUUGGUGCCGGGAAGCUGCACGCAUGAAGGACAUUUAUUCUGGUAGCUUGCUCACCAUCGCCGCCACAGGUGCCAGAAACAGCUCUGGUGGGUGCUUCUACGACGAUUCUAAGGAGGAGGAGUGGGAUUCAGUAUGGCCCCAAGACAACCUCCCGCACAUCUCAAAGUCCGCAUUCACAAAACGGCCCGAGUUUACACACCUCAACACUCGAGGAUGGGUGCUACAGGAGCAAGCUCUUUCACCUCGAGUGGUUUACUGCAUGCAGCCGGAAAUGCAUUUUAUUUGCCGGACUGUAAAUUGCACAGAGGCCGGCGCGUCCUUUGUACACGCAGCACGAGACCGAGUACAUUGGCAUAACCCUACGAUUAGGUCGUUGUCGGAAGGGAUGGACCCUGCUCACAUUCAUCAAGUGUGGUCGGAUUGGAUGGAGCACUAUUCGCGUCGUUCAUUCACGUAUCCGCAAGACCGUCUCAGCGCCAUUGCCGGGCUGGUCGAAGAGUAUGCCAGGUACUCCGGAGACGAGCACCUCCUUGGCUGUUGGAAGAGAACAGUCCGUCAGGACCUGAUGUGGACCCGG